UAUACAGUCUACAGGUACCAACUGAAGCACGUGUCGCACAAGGUACGUAGGUACCUCUUAUCAAAGUCAUUUCACCUGAGACCUGAGACCUGAGAUCUGAGUAGGUCUCCCCUAUCAAACAGGUGUAUUCGUGAUACUGCUCAAAUACUAUGUAUCUCUAGGAUAUGCACAUAAAUGUCAAGUUCUUCGAUCCUACAGUUCCCAUGGAUUUCGAUACUUCCAUUCGUCACAACACAGCUUCCACCCGCGGGGAUGCUCGAUAAUGUGAUAAAGUAAGGGCAAGAGGCUCUUGUUACUGUCAAUCAUCGUUCAACAAUGACUUUAGCGAAGCGAGGCUGCCAAGGCUGUUUCAAUUUUUUAUCGGUCAUGAAAGACGCCAUGGCCUUCAAAGAACAGGUAUAUUUUAUACUACUUACCAGAACAUUGAUCGUAGAACAGAAGAAAUCGCUUACCCGGAAUAGGAAGCCAACCAAGGCCUCUUUAAACCAUUGCUUUGGCAUUGUUGCUUAGAUGGCGAGAUCUAAACAAGAUCUAAGCAACAAUGGUGCUUUAUUAUUUCAGUACUAAUAUGGGCAGCGUGCCAUCCUCGGAGUGGACAUCGAUGAAUAUACUUUUUAAACUAAAUUUUUAUCUAAUUCUAAAAUUACCAUCGACCAUUUCAAAGGUCAUUAUUAUAAUGUCAAUGAGAGGAAUUAUCGGUUUCCUUACGGCGUUGGGCUUCACGGCCCAGUUUGCCAACGGCCAGCUCCAACCUGAUUGUAAUCCGCUCCACGAGGAUUGCCCGCCAAAAAAGGCUUUACCAGAGGGGAAUUAUUAUGUCGAUUUUACCAAGCAAGAAGGGCCUCCUUCCGACUGGACUGUUGGGAACUCCGGGGUCGUCGAUUUCACUUCCAAUGGAGCCGAGUUUUCUUACGCGAAAGGGGGGGAUGCGCCGAAUAUGUGGACCAAUUUCUACAUGCUUGGCGGCCGCUAUGAUGUCGAGAUGAAGAUUGCUCCGGGCCAAGGGGUCAUCAGCAGCGCGUCUUUAUGGUCAGAUACUCAGGACGAAAUCGAUUUUGAAUUUUCGGGUAACCAGUUUGGCCAAACGCCUUUCCCGCCUAAGAAUGGGAUGUGGGCUCUCGAAACGAACGUCUUCGCACAGGGAAAGAUGUGGGAAGGCGCAGCUAUUUACCAGAAAGAUUCGUACAAGCCUGCAGAGCAAUUCCACAAAUAUUCGGUAGAGUGGGAUGAAGAUAACGUGAAGUGGUAUGUGGAUAACAAGCUCGUCCGAAGUCUUCAUCCCAAGGAUACUCCUAAGGGCUUCACCUUUCCCCAGUCUCCCAUGAAACUUCAACUUGGCGUAUGGGGAGGCGGAUACCCCAGCAACAAUUACCGGACUAUCCAAUGGGCUGGGGGCGAGAUUGACAUGAAAGGUGCUCCUUAUAUCAUGUAUGUCAAGAGCGUUAAUAUCACAAACAAGUAUCCCACUUGCCAGUACAGUUAUAAGGAUAAGAGCGGAAAGCAAUCUUCUAUCGAGAAGAUAGAGAAUGGAUGUAACCCUGAUCUAAAGAGGAUUGUUAAGAAAGACCCUGCCGCCAAUGACUAUCCUGUCAGUUCUCCAGUGCCGGUGGCUAGCGAAGCAGGAUCUUCUACUCCUGUCGGUUAUCCCACAUACGCUGCUAGCUCACCCUCUAGCAACCCAGUGCCUACUUUACCUUCUUCUAUAUCCAUAAAUACGUACCCGACAAGCUUGCUCUCUAGCAGUAGCGAUUUGCCUAGCUCUUCUCCUGUCGAAUAUCCUACGUACCCGGCUAGUUCACCUUUAGCUAGUAGUCAGCCAACUUCUUCGUCUGCAGGAUAUCCUACCAGUGAGGUGGACACAUCCAGCAUCCAAUCGUCAAGCUCUGUUGCGGCUAGUUAUUCUGCGUCCCUGGUUGGGUCUUCAUCUGUUAUAGUUUCAUCGUCUACUUCGUCAGCCGCUGAGAAUUUCGAGACCUAUCCAGCCUCGAGCGUCCCGUCAGUAAGCAUAUCAUCAGCGAGUGCAUCGUCGGCAAGCGCAUCUUCAGCAAGUGUAUCAUCAGCUAGUAACUCUAGUCCUUCAUCUGUUGGAGUGUCGUCCUCUUCGACCACCGACGGGUACCCUACUCAACCGCUAACCGAGUCUGGUACUGUAUAUACACAGUCAUCAACCUUAACGACUCCUGAAGGAUACCCAGUAAGCUCACCGACUACUGGUAGUGGGAUCUUGAGUAGUUUAAGCUCAAUUUUCUUGGGCACUAGCAGCAGCAGCAGCGUGUUAACUCAGACCGACUCUAGUGUGAUCAUUGGGUCUAGUUCUACCGAGGUAGCUAGCUCAAGCGUUGAUGCUGUUAGCUCUAGCACUCCCAUAAGCUCGCAAGAGUCCGGCUCUGGUUACCCAGUUUUGUCCCCAUCAGCUUCAUCGGCUUCAGUUUCAUCGGCAUCGGUUUCGUUCUCUUCAGUGACACAGCCUGGCACUUCGAGCGUUGCUAGUGGCUCGGUUGUCUCUUACACAGCGUCUUCUCAAAGUGCCUCAUCGAGCGCGAUCGUGGGAAGCAGUAGUACUAUAUCUACAGUGUAUUCGUCGACCAUCUAUACUAUCACAUCCUGCGCACCAAGUGUGACUAAUUGUCCUGUCGGGCAAUCACUACUGAGACGGUUUCCGCGUAUACGACCAUCUGCCCAGUCACACAGACUAUCCUUGACGGCAUAACGUAUGGUGUAGUGGAAGGGACAGACGCUGCCUCUCUACCGGCGCCAUCAACCUACCCGGCGAGUUCACCAAGUUCCAAGCCAGCCGGAUCCGCGUCAUUAACCAGUUCCGGUAGCCUCUAUCUUACCAGUAGCUCGAUAAAUUCGGUAACAGUAAGUUCUCCGGUGCUUAGCUC